AUCUUUACAUCAUUGUUAUUGUUAUUCCAGUUGAACCGUUCCAUUUUUAACGUGCCGCUUGUUACCGGGAGAAUUGAAAAUGCGAGCCUUAGCCAAGAUAAUGGCGCCACAUAGCCUGACGCUGCCUUCGCUUCUCUGGUCACCGUCGUUAGCGAUGAAAAGUCUGUCUCGUGCAAUGUGCAUUGCUGUUCCGACAGAGCGUCAUUUACGAAUAGGCAUCCAGAACAUCCACUUUAUUGAAGUUGGCCAAGGCAAGGGACUAAUUCUGCUGCCUGGAGCGCUUGGAACGGCUUUAACCGACUUCAAACCACAGAUAGAGAAAUUGCCAAAGCUAUUACCGCAACACAAAAUCGUUGCCUGGGAUCCGCCGGGAUACGGGAAGUCACGGCCACCGGAAAAAGUGUUUGGCGUCGACUUUUUCGAUCGCGAUGCAGCGGCUGCUCACGAACUAAUGCAGAAACUAGGUUUCGAGCGAUACAGCAUUCUGGGAUGGAGUGAUGGGGGCAUAACGGGGUUACUGCUAACGGCCAACCAUCCGGAGCAAGUGGAAAAGCUUGUUAUAUGGGGCUCCAACUCGUACAUCUCGGAAACGGAAACCAAAAUCUAUGAAGAUAUUCGAGAUGUGCGCAAAUGGUCAGCGAGAAUGCGAGAACCGAUGGAGAAAUUAUAUGGCGUAGAUUACUUUCCUAAGCUGUGGUCAGCCUGGGUCGACGGUUUGCUGCGCAUAUAUAAGGAACGAGAUGGGGACAUUUGCAGUGCCAAACUAAAACACAUUAAAGCUUCAACGCUCGUCAUGCACGGAGCAAACGAUCCCAUGAUUGAUCCCAUUCAUGUACCGUAUCUGUUGAACAAUAUUAAAAAUUCCGACUUGCACGUGUUUCCCGAUGGAAAGCAUAAUAUACAUCUUCGCUAUGCGGACGAAUUUAACAAAAUAGUAGCAGCAUUUUUAAAACGAAAUUGCAUAGACAACUUACGUCGUUAAAUACUCACCUAGCGAAGAGUGUUUUCACAAUCCUACACAGAAUAUCAUUGUUAGAUAUUCUAUCGUAGUGGAUAGAAUGUGUGAAUCUUGUUAAAUUGUCUAAGACAAAUAUUAUAUAAUUAUUAAUUGUUGGAAAAUAAAACUCGCCACUGAUUUCUACUGGUCAA